UCAAGACUCAAGUAAUAGCGGUAGUAGCAGUACCAAUAAUUGUUAUAUUCAGAUUCAAAACAUAAUUCAUCAUUACUAUGAUGUAAACAAUAAUAAAAUAUAAGAUGCGAAAUAUAAUAUCAACCGUUACAUUGUUUACGCUGUGUAUUUAUUACAUCUCGUCAAAUGCGCAUGCAACACAGCCCAAUAAAACAGGCUACCAUGUGCGACGUUCAAGCUACGAGGUUUUUAAGCCAAAAAGACUUGGUACAUACCGAUCUUUCCAACCGGUGGCCGUUCGCAAACCAUCGUAUAUAAAGACAGACGACCAAAAUGACUACGAAAUUAACACAUAUGAUUCAGAGUAUGGGGCUGUCGUAUCAAAUUUUACCUCUUCUAUUUAUGAUGAUAACCCUCCUUUGUACCCAAAUCCUGAAUCAUUUUCUGGUAGCAGUCAAGGCAUGGAUAAAAAAAUAUCAGUAAAAGGUAUUAUAGAAUCAGAAGUUGAAUUACCAGAUGACUCAUUGGCUGACGCAGACUUGAAAGAGCACAACAUUAUAGACAGCGUCACAUACGUAUACGGUUUCAAUAGUUGCCAUGGCGUUAGGAAUGAAUGGAUCGUUUUGAUCUACGUGACCAGUGGACUGGCAGUUAUAUUCCCGAUAGUGACUGUGUUGUGGCUGAUGUGGAGUGAGAGUGCAGCGGAAUUCCGCCGCAGCAGCAAGUUGUACCCAAUCAACAUCAACCUGUGUUGCUGUCUCGCUGCUUGCACUCUUAUCUAUAUACAAGCUGUUUCGGGCACCUCAUCCCCUUCGCAAUGUGAACGCAUAGCUCUACUUCUACACUACACGCACAUUACAUGCUCUGUGUGGAUCGUAGCUCUGGGAGCAGCUGUGGCAGAAUUCUGCACGUGUGACACACUACUGCCGCUGAAGUACAACUAUCUGAUCGCUUACGGAGCACCAGCCAUCAUUGUUAUGUUCAACUACGCAUUGUCAAUGGAACAGUAUGAGAUAAAACACUACUGCUGGAUGUCAAUUGAGAAAGGAAUGGUGAUGGGCUUUAUGAUACCAGCCAUGGUAUUGAUCCUGAUCAACACAGCCAUCAUAAUCGUGGGGUUGCAGAGCGUGAACCGGACGCAAAACGAGAUCAUCAACGCGAAAUUACAAGAGCUGAUAGAUCAUCACUUGGGGAGAGGUGACGCUGGGAGUUCAGAGAGCCUGAACGUCUGUUCGCCGAUGACGAGCCGGAAAAAUACUGAUAGUUCCGAUACUCUGGACCGGGAUUCGAAUAAUGAUGAGGAGAAUGGCUAUGCUGUUGGGAUGAAUAGUGACUCCAAUAGUGAGGAUAGUCGGGAGAUGAAGCGAAUCACAGACAAAAACCUUCUUAAUCUGUGGAAGUCUUUGGAGAAACUGACAUGGCAGAACGGCUGGAACUUUGAAGGCAGUGACUUGAAGACGUAUCUCAACCUCUGUCUGAUCAUGGAGCCAUUCUUCGCUAUCAAUUGGGUGAUGGGAGUGGUGGCCAUAGAGAACGCUGCUCACUGGUCGACGCCCACCAUUUAUCUGAUUCUAGUUUUGUCUAUGAACAUCUACAUGAUGACCACGCUUUGCACGACGUUGCCGAUCAUACAGAAGAAAGUGGAGACGCAGGCAUGCGAGGAGGUGGUGUCUGAACCGGUCGUCAUCGUCAGAUCCAGAACAUCGGACAAUAUUCCACUACUGGACCCGAGCAACCAACAGGCUACGGUAUCAAAGGCGCCUCUGGACAGCAUCAGCACUAUAAGCAUCUAAGCUGUAACUCCCAAGCGAUUUUGGCUAAAAUUGAUUUGUUAAGUCAAUUACUUCUAUGCAAAAACAUACAUGAGUUACGGCAUUCAGGUUACGACAAGGAUCGCAAACUGUUGACGCCAUUUUGGUAAAUGUCACAUUUGACAGUUUAGUUGAAGUACUGGCACAAUAAAAAGAACACUCAUGUUUAUUUUGCUACGAAAAGUGAAUUCUAUGGAGGAGAAACUUAGAGGGAAAGACUUAUAUUAACUGUGGUAUAGGUAAAGAUUGUGUAUGAUAAAUAUGAUUGAGGUUACGUUUAAAUAUAUAUUUGUUUGCAAAUACUCGUACAACUACGCAGAGGGACAAGAUAACGAUUAAAGUUUUCAUAUCAUUUAUAAUUCCUGCACAAAAUGACUAUUGCCAAAAAUAAUGUCACAGCUAUAAUUUUAAUAUAAUUUCGUACACUGAUUGUCCCUUAAAGGGUUAUCACGGGCCUGGAUGUAAAUUAAAAAUAAAAUCACACAAUUUUCACCAGCUGUGCAUGUUCCACAAGUUACAUUACAAUGUGGGACUCUUGACAACUAUAUACUGGUAGCACUAUUACCUUAAUAUCCAGGCUCUUGCACUUUUAUCACUAACCAUUAAAAAAAUAUUCUUAAAAGGAGUGUCGAGUUCGCAAAGGCAUAGGGCAGUUGCCUCUCAUCCGGGAAGCGGUAGUCCGACCCCACCACAAGCCUACGUGUAUGAGUUUUCAAAUUUCGAAUUAGGAUCUCUGCGAAAAAAUCAAAGGUUGAAAAAUUCGCACUAUGCCACUGCUGUCGAUUAUAAAGUAGGUACAGUCUCAAAAGGGCCUGAAUUUAUAACUGUUAAAGUUAAUUGGUUCAACAAAAAUUAAAAAAAAAUCCCACUUAAGGUCCUUGUCGUAUUUUACUUCUGUUCUCGCCUCGUUCGGUCAAUGAGACACGUUUGUGACAUUUUAUUUUAUAAUCACUUUAUAAUCACUUAGGGAUUCAUUUCUGGAAGUUAAGAACGAAGUAUGGAAUAUAAUAUUAUUAUAUAAGCUGUUUCAAAGAUAAAUAAAUUUUAAAGAUUCGUCGCAAACAUGCGACUCUUAUUGAAAUGUUAUCAUAUCAAAUGUAUAAUUAGAUUAAGGUUAUUUCAUACUUCCUAUAUCUAAAUAAACUAAAGAGCCUUUUAAUUAUAUUCUUUUGACAAACAUACGCGAAGAGUGAUCAAUUUUAAGUAGUCGGAGAUUGCUCGAACUAUACCUAAAUAUUUAAUAUUCAUGACUUCACUCACAAGUAAGCAAAAGUAUUCUGGUCGGACAUAAUAUUGAAAUGACAUAAUGCCGUGAUAAAAAAAAAGGAAAAAAGAUGGUGGGCAGUGUUUGUCAUUAUAAACUGAUUGUAAAUUAUUUUUUAAUUUAUUUCAUUUAUUCGUAAAACCAUGAGUCUCUUUCUUCUCUAAACUAAGAAAUAAAAUCAUAAGAAGAGCCCUUAGAGUAAGGAUUGGUCUCCGCUGCGCUCCAACUAGAUACCGCACUACCUAACAACAAUACCUUUUUUAUAACGGCAUAUAUUAGAUACUUGUGUGCGUGGCAUCUUGACACUCAAUGGCAUCUUUAAAAUUUUGCAACAACAAACGCUUCGUGUUAUUUAAUAUUGAAAUUAAUAAAAUGCAAAAUACUUACUGAUGAUAUGUGAUCCUAGUGUCUUUUUUAUUUCUUAUGGUAUUAUUUUUACAAAGUUUAACAGAACAUGUGGCAAAUCAACGUCGACAUUGCUCGAGUAAGUUGUUCACUUAGCGUAGUAUUAGUUGCCGCACUUUGCGACUACGCCUGCGGUAUCUAUUUGGAGCGCAGCGGAGACCAAUCCUUAAUCAAAGGAUGAGUCAUACUUUUGAUGUUAUCAUGAAAUAAUCAGACAAGCAAUAGAUAGUUUAAUAUCAAAAGUUUUAGGUACUAUAUUAUCCAACAAGUCAUAGAGUCCGCUUGAUUGGACUAUUAACGUCUAACUAAUUAAAAAAAUUUAGCGUUCGAACAUUUUUCCCCUAUUUUGGGUAGGACUUUGUAUUCAUUUGGCAAAUAAUUACGGUUUACCUUCCUGGACUAUUUGCUGAAUAUUGAAUGCUAUUUCAAAAUAAAAACUGCGCGGCAAACAAUAUUAUGGUAGACCAUAGUAAUAUCACUAAUAGGCUUCCCUUAUCAAGUGACGUUUAAAGACCCUAAAAAUAUUAUUUUAUUUAAAUUUAUUGUGUGCAACUCAUAAACAUAUGGCUAGCAAUGCCAGAAGAUGAAGUUACAGAGGUGUUACGCCUUAGAGCAUUUAUAGGUUUAGAUACUGUGACAGCUGUGAAAACGUCGACAAAAAAAUUGAGGUAGACAGUUGACCGCAAUGCGACGCACACUAAAGUUACAUAUAAAUCGCGAGUAUAAGGCGUAGCUUGUCACGCACAAUAAAGUAAUAAACAUGGCCUAUUCUCAUCGGUUGUCUAUUAGCAAGACUCAAUCUAGGCGUAUAAAGUAUGUAAGUGUUACGCCAUAAUCAGUACCAAAUUUAAAUAAGUUUACGAUCAUAAAUUGUAAUUUAAAAUCAUCUUAUCUAAUCUAAAAUAAAUUCAACUAGUUUUUGUAUAAAAUGUUCAACAUUUUUUUUUAUAUAGAAUUGCCUAAUAAUCUUUAAUCUACGUAGUUACAACAAGCAAUAAAUUAUUAUUUUUCAAAUUCUGAAAUAGCUUAUUGAGUCGUGUCCUUGGUCCUAAAAUGCUAUGUCAAGAUGUUAUGAUUGUCAUUGACGUUUAUCCGCUCUAUAUCUGUUAUCUAUGGAAAAUAUUUUUUAAGGUAGGUGAUUUAGUUUCUCGCAAAUCUUUGGAAUUUUGUUAUAUCGGGAUCAAAUUUAAGUGUGUUGGUGUAUCCUCUUCUGUACCCCUGGUGUGUAUGCAAAAUUGCAUUCAUAAUGAGCAUAGACAAUUGCAUGCUACUAUUGUAAUUUGUACGAAUGGCAAUCAUCAUAGCAUUACUACCCAAAAAAUCGGAUAACAAUACUUACCUACUUGAUAAACCUUUAAAAUAAUUUUAAAAAAUGCCUUCGACAACUUAGAAUUUUAUGACAAAGUGACGUUGACGUUUAUUUGCAUUUGACGCAACGGUCUUAGUCAUCUGCUGAGUACUUUAAAUAUUCUCUUCGUCAGUAGUUUCUGAAAUAAUCUCUUUUGUCAAUAUACGGUUUUGAUCUUACUGUUGAUAUUAAUAGAUUUUAAUUAAAAAAAUAAAGAUAUUGUUCGUUA